AUGAACGCGAUCUCAACGCCCGUUCGGAGUACCCAGUUAGGGGAGGCCUCUCUACGGCCAACUAUCGAAGCAAGGGGACAGUUAACGGGAAAAGAAAAAGGCCAGAAAUUGGCCCAGGUGGUGCAGCAUGCCUAUGAGUCUGGCAACAAGCUGUACACCAAAGACAUGUUUCGGGAGAUCGAAGUAUUCUUAGCGAAGCACUCCUGGACCGAAGCUACGUACAUCACGCUUCCCUCCAUGAUUGGCAUUAACACCAGGGUUGCUAUACCUUCACUCGAGGAUAGGGAGUACGGCGAACCGCAAUCGGUUCCAUUUCCGGUUAUAUAUCCAUACCGGAAACUAAUGAAUCUAGCACAAAAUGCUUUCGAAGGAGAGACUGAUGAGGAACUCGUGGAUCCAAGUAUCCCCGAAAUCAAAAUGGCCGCUUUCACCUGCCCUAUCAGAAUAAGCACCGUGUUUACAAUGAUUUCGGACGUUCCCCAUGAACAAGUGGAAGAGACCUGGAACUUCAUAGAGGAGAGCUGGGAGCAAAGCAGUUUUCGGAUAGAGUUGCUUGAUAUGCUGAACCAGGUGGAUCGGAUACCCAAAGCUAGCAGAGUGGUCUGUCUUGGACUGGGGAACCUUGCUAAAACUCUCGCGGAAGAUAACCUCUAUGAGACUCCUGGACCGCCGAGCACUCUCCCAGGUUACCGCAAUUAUGUCAACCACUUGGUCGCUCUCACUGUUGCCCAGGUCAUUGCAAGUCGCCAGGCAAAUCGCUUGUCACCGGAUACAGAGCCGACCCAUGGGCAACAGUCUUCACUCAAAGUGAUUGCCGAGGAUUUUAGUUACAGCCCACAGGAUAAGGAAGUGUUGGCCAAGGCCGGCUUUCAGAUCUUGAACGGCUAUGGUACCUCGUCCUUUCGAGUGGUUGACGACGAAACAAUUUUUGUCUGUUGCGAUCCGCGAAGGGCGGUAAUGGAGAUCAUUGCUGAUAUAGCAAGACCAGCAGCUAUGCUAUGGAUCCAAGAUCUCCCAGAAGUUGAUGAUGGAGAUAUCCAAGCAGAGUACUGGGAAUUCAUAAAGAGAAAGUUUUCCUUUAAGAAAUACGAAGAUUCACCAAGGACUAUUCAGCUUCUUGAGGAGUACACGAAGUACGAGGUUGAAGUUAAAGCUGAGCAGCUGAGAACAGACUUGUACAUUCGGAAUAUCUGA